AUGGUCGAUGUCAAUUUAAACCACUCACAAAAGAAUUCAUUGUUAUCUGAAGAUUUCAAUAAAAAUGUUACAAGUGCAGAAAAUGUUUCUUCUCAUCCUGUGAUCUGUAAAAAUGAAAAAAAUAUAGAAACACAUAACAAUGAAAUUUAUGAAGACAAAGGCGUGGAUAGUUUAAAAUAUUUGGAAGUGAAUAUAAACAGCGAGCAAGUUAAUAAAGAAAAAGGCCUGAAUAAAAAUGAAUAUAAUAAUAAUAAUAGCACUAACGAUGAUAGUAAUAAUAAUAGUACUAACGAUAAUAACAAUAGUAACGAUAUUAAUUCACCUACAAUUUCAGACACAUUCAAAUAUGAGUCGCUAUGUAACCCCUGUGACAAUGACAUCAAUGGAUGUGUUGAUACCGACGUUUGGAAUCAAAAUUGUAACAACAUUCCGUGUCCUGGAUUGAACAGUUCUGUUUUGAGCGAAUAUUUUACUACUUUACCUCUAUCCUAUAAUGUACAAAAUAACAUAAUGCCAGUUUUAUUUGACGGUUUUGAAUGUGAGAAAGAUAAGGACGGAGACAUUGAAGACAACAAACUAAAGGACGAUAAUGUGGACAACGAUACAAAGGAAGUUAUUUGUAACGUAAGAAGUACUGGGCAUUGUACAAAAUCAUUCGAAUGUGUUGAAAAUAGUUAUUUAAACAGUUUUAUAGAAUUUAUUGAGGAAUUGAAAAAUGUAAAUAAAGAAGCUGACGAAAUAGCUUCAGUUAGUUCAAUUUCAGAACACUGCAGCGGGUAUCAAUCGUCUGAUUUUGAAUUUAUAGAUGAAGACGAAGCCAAAGAAGCGAUGUUUGUUACUAAAAGAAUAUCAAGUAUAGAAACACUGAAAGAAAACAUCAAUUUCGAUUUUAAAUUCAACGACGAAUGCGAAGCUAAAAUGAAGGUAUGCGUCACUAAGGAAAUUCCCACAGUGGAAAACAGAGAAGAAACCAAUAGCUUUAACCCUGAUGCUCAAAAUGCGAUUUCUUUUAACUACUUGCAAGCCUCCAGCUCGAGGAGUGUCAUGUACAAUAGAAAUACUAUUUAUAAUACUGAUUAUCAAAGAAACAUUAAUUACCAACAAAACCACGUUAUACCUGAAGGUGACGAUUUCUUAAAUCUUUUUCAAGGAGCACAUGUACCAAGUUUCGAAUCACGUUUCUUUGAAAACAAGUCCAUAUUCGCCAGAAAUCCAACGUCCUCCAUAAAACAUAUAGGUUUCGACAUAAGACUGUUGCUUGAAGGAAAUAAACAGUAUAUAUCUGAAAAUGAUGUCAGAGAAGCGAAGGAAACUGAAAAUAAAAUAUUAUCCUUGUAUCCUGAAGAAAACAGAGACUAUCACCGAAAGAUAUAG